GUCAGAUGAUAUAUUGGCCCGCUUACAUUUGUCUAUACAAGGCACAACACUGUGCUGGUUGUUUUCAGUUUAUUUAGAAGGCAGGUAUUACGGUUUCUUAAGACGAAUAUGAGAAACAUUACCGCUCUUUCGGUCAUAAUUGUGGUAGUCUUACUGCUGUUAAGUGACGUGGAUGCCCGCGGAGGCCGCGGAGGAGGUCGAUCAUCAAGCGGCAGCCGAGGCAGUCGUGGAGGAAGCAGUGGGACAAGUAGAACAAGUGGAGGGAGCCGCUCAACUGGACGCAGAAUCACCAGGACCACGCCGAUCACGCCAACCACUUUCCGUACUCCUGUUAUCAAGGCCCAAACCCGAAGCGUUUCGCGCACCAAACUAUUCACCAAAUUCGCGGCUGGCUAUCUUGUAACCAGAUAUAUACUGCUUAAAGCUCCAGUUUAUCGAGAUGGAUUUCCAGUGCACGGAAGUUACGUUUCCAUUCCAGAAGACCGAGCCGUAAGGGUCUCGACUGAAAGAGUGAGAUUACUUGAUUCUAAUGGAAGCUUGUGCCUGGGACUGUCGCCUAUAAACCAAACUCUUGAAGAAGGAAUCGAAAACCACCUUUUAGAACUCGAAACUACAGUGAAAUACAAGGAUAGUCCAGAAAAAGACGAGACUCUUUUUGGCGUCAACAACACAGUUUCACUAGAGGACAUCAAGGAAAAGAACUUCACAGUGACAACUCGGGCGCGUUACAAUGUUACUGUCUUACAAGACACAAACUGCACACAGGUGGAGACACAAUUCAAUGGAACAAUAGUUCAGUUAUAUGAAUUUAACCCCAACACAGGGAGCAUUCUUGGCUUAAAUUUUAAGCUCAGUUUGACUUCCUUCUUAAUGACUACAAUUUUCAACAGUUUUUAUAAGGCGUGAACUUUUUAUCAUUCCAACCUCUUUAAAAGAAGCCUUGAAAUCGGUACUUUAACAAUAGUUCUGAAACCUGUUCUGAAAUAAUUUGCACAAUUAAAAUAAAUAGUCUUGCACAGCCGUAACUAGCUGAACUAACAUAAGCGCGAUUGUACUGUAAACAAUUUAAGAUCGGGAGAUCCCUGACGGGCAUAGGCGUACGGGCAAUUUUUUGCCAGGGGGGGCGGUAAACUAUUUGCCCAAAAAAUUCUCGCAAGUUGCCC